CAGCGUUAACGAGAUGUACGGCAAAGGAUUACGGUUUCUUCUCGCACAACUUAUUAUGGUGAUCCUCUUGUCCCAUGUAAUGGGACGCCUUCACAAAAGGAAUGGCUAUCACUACAGGCCUCAGCAGCCGCCACCAAUCCACCAAGGUGGCUAUUUUGAGCCCCAUCUCCCAGCAGUGGAUCCUCCAGAACCAGAGAAGCCACAACACAGCCCCAAAAGCUACUACGGUCCGUCGGGAGGAAGUGGGGGAUCGUCAGCUUCGAGUAAGGGUUCUGGCGGCUAUAGUAUCGGCAGUGGUCUACGUUCUAUUGCCCAGGGAUCAGCAGAUCAAGCUCAUAGUGCGGUGACCAACCAACAUGCGGCUGCCAAACAGGCGGCUUACAUAGCACAGAACACCCUGGCUCAAGCCGCAUCCCAAGCAGCAGCCACAGCGCAAGCGGCUCUGGUGGGAAAACAAGUGGUUCUCCAGGAGCUGGAGCAGCAGGCAGCCGAGGCCCAGAGAUCCCUCUCCCGGGAACUAGAGCAGCUAAAAGCGGCCAAAAUCUCCUCCAGAUUGGCCCAGCAAACGGCUCAAGCUGCUCAUCAUCAUAUCUCUGUGCUCACAGCAGCAGUAAAUAAUGCCAAAUCCGUAGCCGAGCAGGCGGAACAGACCUCCACGGAGGUAAGUAAUCAACUGGCCUCUCAAUCCCAGAUGGUGGGUCAGUCCAAGAAUCGAUUGGAACAAGUGGAAGAGCAGUUGCACCAGGCGCGAGUAGACUAUGCGGCCACCAAGGAAUCCGCGUUGAAGGCGGCCAAUUCAGCAGCUGCAGCCCAGGUAAACGCUUCCAAGGCGGCCCAACAUGCCACGAUUGGAUUACACGAGAGUACCAAUCCCUCGGCUCACGGACACGAUGGUCAGGAGUUGGGUGGAGAAGAAGAGUCCUACGAGGAGCACCUUGAACCCAGUGGAGUAGGCGUGGGCCACACGGCUGGAGGAGAAGAGCUAGGCGAGCAUCUUCGAACUCCAUAUCAGCGAGAACUUCCAUAAAGCACUGAAUUAAAAGUAGUUAACACAUCAAUUAUAUCAAACUAAACUUAGUUGAAAAUAUUAUUUAUGUAAAUACAGUAAAAGCAUUCAAGUCCGUCCUACGUGGCUGUGAGUUGUCAGAACA